CUCGUAUUUUUGCUCUAUGACCUCCCAUCAUCGUGAUUCUUCGAUGUUCUGUAUAAAGGCAUUUUCCAUCCACUACGAUCCAUUUAGUAAUCUCAAAGAAGUGUUCCAUUAUGAAAGUGUUCAUCUUAACCCUCCUAGCUCUUUUGAGCUUAACCGACGCUCGCCAUUUCUCAUACAAGGCUCGAGAGCAAUGGUUAGCCCAAGAAACCAUUCCUUCCAACUAUGACAAGCGGUUCAGGCCACCACCGGUUUCCGGCCAAGAAGAUGCACCAGUCAAGAUCAAUGUCACCAUGUACAUCCAAGAGCUAAGCAUUUGUCCCCAUCAUCAACAAAUGGUUAUGGGUGGGUACUUCCGUCAAUUCUGGGUGGACCCCCGAUUGGCCAUGACCGAGGUGGAGGACAAGGACGAGACCAUCCUGACUUUGGGGGAUAUGUUCGUGGAUACCCCGAUUUGGAUCCCAGACACGUUUGUGGUCAACAGUAAGAACGGCUUGUUGAGCGAAGAUGCUCCUGAGACCAAAGGAAGGUCCUUCUUGAGAGUGAAGGCUGAUGGAUCUGUUUUGGGAUCGACCAGAUUCCGUUCCAAGUUGAUCUGUCCCAUGUCCAAGAAAGAUAAGGAGCUGACUUGCUCGUUCCACGUUGAAAGCUUUGCUUCAAGGGCCACCGAACUUUCUUAUGUGUGGAAGGACUUUGAGGCCGAUUCGAUGAUCGUGUCUGAUCAAGCCAUUGAAUUGUUAAAAAACAACGGCUGGAAAUUGGUUGAGAGCACCCCUAUCAACGACUACGUUGAACUUGCAGUUGGCAAUUAUUCUCGAGUCUCUUUGAAUAUUAAAUUGGAGAAAAUUGAAGGCGAAGAAGAGUCCGAUGAAUCCAGUGAAGAGAUGAAAAUCUAACGUCAUACGAUUAACGUGCCAAUAAAUGAUUAAUAGCAAUAAACGUAUUGAGCAACA